CGUCUCCCUCCUGAACCAUGACCUCAUCGCUUUAGUUCAUGAAAGUGCUAAAGUGCACCUUCCGUACCUAACCACCCCCUCCUCCUCCUCACACACACACACACAAUAACAGCUAACAGUUUUAGCCUUCACCUAGCCUAGUAAAGCUAAUCUUGCUCUCCACGAGCCAGCUGAACGGCUGAGGAGGCCGUUUGUAGCCUAUCACCGCGCGCUUUCAUGCCUGGUUUGCUCCUGGCGCUGUCAUCCUCUGUCAGCUGAGGUCUUUACUGUACACCCCGCAACACCGCCAAGUAAACACCGGCCAGCCCCCAUGAAGACUCCGCCACUGUCCCCUCACACAUGGAGGCCAGUUGAAUAACACCCCGCAGACGCAUGGAGCCCGAGGUGAGUGCUUGAGUGUGUUUGUCAAUUAGCAAGAAAGGACAUUUGUUUGUUUGAAUCGGCUGCUCGCUGUCUGUGCUCGUGCCCAGCUCGCUGCUGCUGCGGCGAGCCCGUCAGCUCGCACUCCUCCCCCCCUCUUUAAGUGCGCGCCCGUCUCAUAAUGGGAAUAAACCUCGUCCAUGCUCAAGUUAUCGAUCGUUUUAUUGGGAUGCAAAAAAAUCGCUGUGCCGUUUUCCUAUUGUAAGGUAGGUGUAUUAGGUUUCUUCCCGAAUUUUCUGUUUAAUGUUCGCGCUGGUUAAAGUCAUCACAGCCUUCCCGAUCAAUGGAGAGGGCUCAUUUUCGCAUGCGGACAUAUCCACGCGUCAUAACAAACCCAGGCCAGGUUUCCCACUCAAAACAACCUCUCUGUAAGUGUGGGGUAUAACAAUAGUUGAUGCUGACUAUAUCCGGCGUUUUUUAAAAGCAGUGCCUGCUGUCCGCACUGGAGUCUAUUCUUAUUUCUAAUGUAGGUCGGUUUAUUGUAGUGCGCUGCGACCGCUCAGCCUCCAUCAUUUUUGAACGCUGGUAAACGAUACACAACGUCUUGUCUGUUUUUUGUUUUUGUCUUGUGUGUGUAUGUGUAUGUGCGCCCCCAUCUCUGAUGAUUUGAUUUUUCAGAGCAUUUCUAUAUGUACACAUUAUAUUUAUUUGACGAUGUAUUUUUGUAUCAGAGAUUCUCGAUAUUAUUUACAUUUACAUUACCUAUCAUGUGGCUGUUGUAGUGGAGUCUGGGGGUAGUCCCAGCUAUGUAUGACCCUGCAUUUUACAGCAGUCAGUGCACUGAGGGAGUAUUGAUGAGAGGACGCCGGAAGGCUUCAUGCUUGGAUGUGUUGUUUACAAUAUGAUAGCGCUGUCCAGCUGCACCAAGAAAUCGAUUUUUUAAAAUGACAGGACCGCUGCAACAGCAUGUUACACUGGUUAUUAGUCGUGGUAAACACUCAGGGUUAGGCAAUCAUCAACUAUUAACCAUUAAUUGUAAGCAUUGUUAAAAUUUUGAUGAUUUAAGGUGUGCCAAUAACUGUUUCUUUUUAAAUUCCACAAUAAUAAUUGAUUACAGCUAUAAAUUAAUUGUUUACUACGUUUAUUGUAUAGCUAAAAGCAGUGAAUGCCACUGAACUCACAACAGUCAUGCUUUCAUUUAUUUACCUGACAGAAAAUUAAUGAUAAAGUAUUUUCAUAAUCAAGUCGGAGGUUCUCACCGGUGAAAGUCAACUAGAUAUCUUUUGGUUUUGGACUGUGAGACAAAACAACAGUGCUUAUAAUGCUAACUGUUUUGGGCCUUUGUACAGACCAAGAGAUUAAUCUUUAACUGACAAUACUUUUAUUCAUUCUGUCGUGAUUUUGAAUGAUAUGCUAAUAUUUUGCCUUUUAACACAAUUGCAAGAACUUCUACUAAAAUUCUCCACUAUAAACAGGUGAUCCUGUACCUGCUCAUUAGAAGUGGCAAUCACCAGACAUCCCAUCAUACAAUAAUAUCAGAAUACUUGAUAUUCUGAUAUUAUUGCAGUUUUUGGCAUUUUGAAAGGGUAAAUAUAUUUCAAUAGCAUAGAUUGUGAUUUCACUGCAAAUUAUGUCCACAAAGUUAAUCCAAUAAGAUAAAGCAGGAAAGCACAGACACUGUCACUAAAAUCUGCCAUAAUUGUUGCUAUUAGACAGCGUCAGUGUGCUACCAAUCUGUUACUGUCUACACAGACAAAAAAACACAUUUAGCAGAAAUUCACAUUUGUGUUUAGCUACCUUCCUGUUCUAUAUGAAUAAAACCAGAAUACAUCUGUUUGGCAGCCAGCUGAGUCGAGUCCACUCAUGUUAUGUUCAUUGACAAAAGCAGCAUGUUGCAAUUGGUCCCAGAAUGUGAAAAGAAUCCAGUACAAUCACAAGGCAACCACAGGUUUGUUUUGUUUCUGGCAGAUACAAGGUUGUUGUCCAGCUUUUGUACUACUACUAGUGUAACUGAGCUAUUAGCUAAGCCAAGUGUGUCCAUUCUUGAAUGCCUUUUUCAGUUGAGCAAAUAUGAUGUAAUGUUGCUUGAAUUAGUGUCCGUGGCUUGAUAAAAAUAAUACGAUGCUAUGCUGUAUCGGUUCGUCUUUUUUUCCACUUCUGCUGCACAGUGCUUUGUUGUGGUCACCCUUUAAAGUGUAAGUGAAACACUCCAGAGAGAGAGAGACAGACAGACAGCUUACAUACACAUAUAUAUGCAAACUUUGAGUUCAUGAGAGGGCCUGCUGCACAGACUAAAGGGCACAAGAUGCGCUGGUGAUGUAAUUGUUUGUGGUCUAAACAAACCAGUCGUGCCUGUCAUUGUGCGAACCUUGCUCGUUUCAUAUCAGCCUACUCAAGGCUGUGGCCGCAGGUGACGUUAUGCAGGGAGUUAAUGAAUAACCUGGAUGGUAUUACAUCACCACUGGUUGCCCUCCAGUUACUCUCUUUGUGUUUGCCUCUGUCCCUGAUGUCUGAUAAUGCCAUCAUGGAGCUGGCCCUUCAUGUUCACCCCAUGGUGAAAGGCUGUGAAUACACCUGCGUGUGUUGCCCAUUUUAUUGAGAUAAAGUUACUUCCUCCGCUUGAUGUUAAUAUGCACCAACCUUUUUUGUUAUCAGUCUUUUAUUGAACAGUUUCAGUAGAGUCUGUCAAUGAUUUGUGUUGCUGUGUUUUGCAUGACAAGAGGGGAAAAUGUUUGAUUUGUUUGAUGUUUGAUUGGGAGUCUGUUAAUUGUCUUUGUCUGGAGGAAGUUCAUUAGAUUUCAGACGUCACUGUGACCUCACAAAGCACCUUAAUUAUUAGAAAACACAACAAAAUCCUACUAGCAUAAAAUGAUGACGCGAUGACAAGUUAUAUCCAAUAGGUCAGUUCCACUGUGACUAGGGAGGGAUGUUGAUAAGAUUUUCAUCAUUAUCAAUUCUGCAUAUUGCCCUGAUUCUUUAUCAUUUUCCUUGUUGACGUCUAAUCAAUUUUCCUUGUGGAGAAAUGUCGGUCAGCGCAGGAUUUUUAUCGUCAGCGCAGUGUGUUAUUAUCUAAAGUUUUCAUAGUAUAAACAAAUGGUUGAAUGGGAGGAAUUACGAAAAGCUCCACUGCUUUAGCGUCAUUGUUCUGCAAUGUAGAAAACCACACCAGCAUUGAUAGGUGGAGCUCAAAGGCAUAUGAUCAUGAAGUAUUUGGAACCGGUUCUCAAUAGCCAUCCUUAACAGUGACAUCAUAAUGUCCUUAAAAAACACCUUUUUGGCCAUCAUCCAACAGCAUAACUCAGAAAGAAAGAUGAUUUGAGUUGACAUCAUAUUUGGCUGCAUGCUGAAGUGUCUACACUCAUCUUUGUGCUUACCUAUUGAAUUGCUUUAAAGUCAUUACUUACGUGUGUCUCGCCAAAUUUGCAUGUGAACAGCAAGUUGACUGGUUGGUGAAGAGAUACAGCUGGGCGUCAAAUUUCUGGGUACCAUUCAUUUACAGCUAAAAUUUCCAGAAAUCCGAAGGAUGUGUAGGGUUUAUAAAAAAAAAAUCCCACCUGGAGUAAAAAUUUCCUCAAAGUUGACCAGUCAGACUAGUUUCUCUGCAAGUUGUCGUGGUGUAAUUAUUUUGUUUUGACUCCUUGGAUCUGCAUAACCUGGUCUGUGUGGAUCUUCUGACUGUGUGACCUUGCUUUUGGGAAAGCAGUGAGAUUUUUGGGCUACAUUAGAGAAAACAUCAGAUAGAAAUAUAUUAAAAUAAUUUUGGUCGGUGGCUUUUAGGCUAAUUUGUGGUCAUUUUCUUUUAAGUGAGUAAAAUAAAAGGUGCACAUACAGCUCAGGUUGGGAGAAUCUAUCUUGAGCUCCACUGUCUGUUUUAGCUUUAUCUUGUAUCAGCAUCAGUGAGCAUCCCAUCACAAUCACCCUUCUCGUGCCCCCUUAUCACCCCAGCAUGGGCUGUUUCCAUGGCAACCAAAUCUGCUCCAGGCCUGUACACAGUGUGUCUGUCUCUCUGCUUUCUCUUCUCUUUUCUUGUUUUCUUCUGUUCAGUCGGAGCAUCACAGCCUAGUGCUGCUUCCUUAAGUGUGAGGAGCUUAUUUUAUUUAUUUAUUUAUUUAUUUAUUUAAUGAUUCUUCCUUUUUUUUCCUGCUUGGAUGUGAUGUGGAGGGGCAUUUUUUCUGCAUGAGGAGAUGGGCGAUGUUUGUUAUGCUGAGUAAUCACGUGGAUGGCUGUGUUGCUUCUUUUAAUUUCUCUGCCUUUCUCAUGUUUUAUUGUCAAUAUUCUUGCUGUUUUCUCUUAUUAACCUUUUAUUCCAACCCCCUUUCUGUCCAUAGAAGCGGGAUUUUUUUGAGUUUGCCAUGGGACAAUUGUCAAGCGACAUAAAGAUGCAGAGCGCUCCGUCUCUGACUACCACACAUGUAAACCUGCACACUCAUCCCCUCCCCAUCUCUGUUCACUGCACAAAAGCAAGAAAGAGAGUGAUAGAGAAGGAAAGAGAGAUUCAGAGAGGAAAAAGUGUGAGACUGGGUGGGUGGGAGAGCAGUCGCCAUUAGACAUAUGCAGCAUCAGAUGCUGUGCUCAGCAGCGGCAGGGACACAGAGAAAGACAGCAAAAGAUUCACAUCCCUCGAAGCUGUGUUGUUAGCUGCACGACCGAAGGGCUUCCUGCCAGAUAAGGCACCAUGGAUCUCCCAGCGUCUGCUCCAGUGGUAGCCCUUCUCCACUGACCCUUAUCUCCUCCUUCCUCCACCUCUCUCAUCUACCCCUCAUUCUUCAUACCCCACUACCCCUCACCCCCACGUCUUUGACCCUAGCUUACCACUCAGCCCGUCUUACAUCAUGGCAGGGGAGAAAGGGCCCAACAAGAAGAGCGCCAUGGACAUCAAGCGCCUGGCGAGCCUCAUCCAGAGAGGGACAGGCCGCUUGCUGGUGAUUGACAGCAGGACGUUUUCUGAGUACAAUGCGUCACACGUACAAGGCGCGGUCAACGUUUGCUGCUCAAAGCUGGUGAAGAGGCGGCUGCAGCAGGACAAAGUGUCUGUCACUGAGCUGCUUCAACCCAAUGGCAAAGUGAAGGUUGAGCUGGGCAGGAAGCAGGAAGUGGUGGUUUAUGACCAGAGUUCCAAAGAAGCAGGGCAUCUGUCCAAAGAUGGUUUUGUGCACAUUCUCAUGGGAAAGUUGGAAGGCACCUUCCACAAAGUCUCCCUUCUCACCGGAGGCUUUGCAGCUUUUUCCUCCUGUUACCCCGGCCUGUGUGAAGGGAAGCCCGCCACUGCUCUACCUAUGAGCUUGUCCCAGCCCUGCUUGCCUGUAGCUAACGUAGGGCCUACUCGCAUCCUGCCUCACCUCUAUUUGGGAUCACAAAAAGACGUCCUCAAUAAGGAUCUGAUGGCUCAGAAUGGCAUCACCUAUGUGCUGAAUGCCAGCAACACCUGCCCCAAGCCAGACUUUAUCAGCGAAAGCCAUUUCAUGCGCAUCCCAGUAAAUGACAACUACUGUGAGAAAUUACUUCCAUGGCUGGACAAAACCAACGAAUUCAUAGACAAAGCUAAGGUAUCAAACUGCAGAGUCAUUGUGCACUGCCUGGCUGGAAUCUCACGUUCAGCAACCAUCGCCAUAGCAUACAUCAUGAAGACAAUGGGCCUAUCAUCAGAUGAUGCCUACAGAUUCGUAAAGGACAGAAGACCGUCCAUAUCCCCCAACUUUAACUUCCUGGGUCAGUUGCUGGAGUUUGAGAAGGGCCUGCGAUUACUCCAAGCUUUAACCUCCGAUGACAAGAAAUCUGAAAACAACACUAAGCAGAAUUCAGAGGUUAACGGAGUCAUCACAGGUUUCGAGAUGAAUGGUCAUCAUAGCAACUGUGACUCAUCCACCACAGAGCCACGCAUCCCACUGGAACCCAAGCUGUCGUCACCCACCUCUCUCCAGCAAGGCUUCAAUGGCCUGCACCUCUCUGCAGAGAGGAUCAUGGACACUAAUCGACUCAAACGCUCCUUCUCCCUAGACAUUAAGUCUGUCUAUUCCCCUAACAGUCCCCACUGCCCCAACCUGGCACCCACACACUCUGAAGACGUCCCCAAGCUGUGCAAGCUUGACAGCCCAGGAACAGGCAUCUCCAAUGGUGUCUGUUCUCAGUCUCCCGUCCUUGACAGCCCCAGCUCCUCUGAUUCACCAUUCCCCUCACCGGGCAGUGGGGGCAGCAUAGGAGGCUUGGGAUUCAGUGGAAGUGAAGGAGUCCAUCGUUCUGGUUCUUCCUCAUCCAGACCCAGAAGAAAAACCAAACAAAACUGCAGCAGUUCGCCGAUCCACUCCCAACCACGCCAGCCUCCGCAGUCCCUCAACUUGCUGCUGGACCACAAGAGCCCCAGCCUGGAAGAAAACCUAAAGGGCUCCCUGCUCCUCUCAUUACCUUCCCUGCCCACUGUGGGUUCUGGGGCUAUGUGGACCAAACACAGAGACACUGUCCAAGCCACAACCCCCGUCACUCCAGUCACCCCGACUGCAGAUGCUCCCUGGCACUUUGGAGCAGAGGAAGGUGGUCAGGGAGAGAUGGAGCUGGGAGCAGGAGAGGUAGGGGGACAGGAAUCAUCGGUGAGGUUCGGUAGCAGCUCGGCGUAUGUGGCAUUUGGGUGUAGCGAAGGUGUGCGGUUACGAGACAAAUCCCAGAGGGAGAAGCCGUCAGCACCACAGACGCAGCGAGACCUCCGAGACUCUUCGUCGUCUUCAGCAGUGACAAUGUCCACCAGCUCGAGUCACAGUGGGGCUGCAUCUGAAAAGCAGUUCAAGCGGCGCAGCUGUCAGAUGGAGUUUGAGGAGGGCAUCUCCGAGACAAGGUCCAGGGAAGAACUGGGGAAAAUUGGGAAGCAGUCAAGCUUCUCUGGGAGCAUGGAGAUCAUAGAGGUAUCCUGACAGAUAAUGGACAUCAUCAGAGCUGCCCCUUGGGGGCAAAAAUGGACCUAGUUAGAGGGAGCACAGGAAGAGGACAUUCAAGGUGGAGCCGAGGAGUUGUUAUUGGGGUUUUUUAAGCUCCCCUUACAGACAGUGUUAAAGACUCUAGUUGAGAGAAGGACAAAUGCAAGCUGAGCGUUAAUGUGAAAAGGUUAGCAUCCGCACCUGGACAGACAGAGCCUCAGAUGUGGUGCUUAGCAGACCAUAACCAUCCUGAACUCUUGUACAAAAAUGAAGAAAAAUCUUGGGGGGGGGAGGGAGGUAAAGAGGACAAAUCUAGGUACUGAACUCUUUAUGUUUAUGAGCUCUGUCCCAGACAAAAUGAAACAACCCAGGGCAAAUGUUGCAUCCUUAAUAUAUAGAAUUCUUCCCUUAUUUUGACAGAGUUGAGACACAAACUGCUUGCCUGUGGUCAAACGUAGCGUGUUUCAGUGGGUGUAUAGCUUGUGAUUUGAGCCAAGCCUGAUGUUCUCUCUCCCGACGCUUCACCCCGGUUUCGAUAAGCCUCAUAAGCUCGCACGGCUACGUUUGUCCCCCUUCCCAGUGGCUCUGCCUACUACAGGGAAAACAAUAAAGGACUCCUUAACAGCACCAUAUCCUCACAUCGCCACAGCACAAGGCAGAGAGACCCAAAGGACUUAAUAUUAAGGCGGUACUGCACCCUGACAAUGAAGGAUCCUCUGCAUUUUGUUGAUGAAAGACUAUUUGAAGAAUGGGCAGUGUUUUCCCCUCCUAAAGCACAGUGCGCCUUUCCUGACUUUGUUCCCUUGUUUCCAGUGUUAACAGCGUGAUGGGACUGAGGUUUCAGGAUGCUGAUGAGGGUAUGCGUUAAUAACCCCUCAGCUCGCUAUUAGACCCCCUCUGAGCCUCCUCCCACUCCUUCCAGUCACCACCUAUGGUCGCCACUGAGCAUGCACCUGAGAGGCUGACUACAGACAGACGAAUACUAUAUAUACAAUAUGAAUAUAUAUAGCAAUUUUAAUGGACUUCUGUUUAGUUAUAGUUUUAAUUUAUUGUAUUGGUUCAUUCUGGUAAUGAGAAAUAAUAUAAUGUUUUGUGGAUUUAUUUCUUUUUUCUUUUGUUGAAUUAUAAUUAUUAUUAUUAUUUGCUGUAUGGUAUUUAUGAACACACACUCAAACGAAUACACACAUUCAACAAAUUCAAGCAAAGCAAUAUGUGAUGUUCCUUCUUUGGGGAGAGUGAUGUAUGAUCCUGAGAUGCACUUUUCUGCUUUUCUGGUAACAAUUAGUCAAAUUAUCUUUCGCAUCCUUGCAACAUGAUACUCCUAAAGCCAAGUUUUGACUCUUUUUUUUUUUUUUUGUACUUAGAAGAUGACACACACUCCCCUCUAAUAUCUUUUAAGGACAGCACUGCUGUUCUCGCUCAUCUGCAGCGUGACCUCGUUGAUUUCAAUUGAGGGCUUAAGCGUUACCUAAAAAGACUGUUUUGUUUGUCUGUGUGAAGAGGGAGACAGAGUAGCCAUGCAAUCUCUGAUCACUCACACACAGUGAAACAUCCUCUGCCAGUUUCAUGAGGGCUUGCAUAACAACAGCUAUAUGCAAACAGACGCAAUCUUUCACAAGUUUGAGAUUUAAAGGCUGAGCGUCCUCCCUGAGCCAGCACAUGUUUAUCAGUCAUCAUCACAGUGCAUCCACCAAAGCUGAAACCAAGACACACACACACACCUCACACUGUAUGCCCUUAUACUCACACAUGUAAAGCCUAGCUCCCCUCCCUUACACACACACACACCCUUUUGUUCAUUCUCAGGGGAUCUUUCAGUGAGCCAAGCCCGACACAGGGUACACAGCUGCUGGUACAUCAGCACAAUGCAUGUCCAUAAAGCUCCUUAGCUUUUCUUUCUGUCUGUUUUUUGUUUUCUUAUUUCUUAUUUUCCAAAGCUUUGAUUAAAAACACCAGUAACAAAAUGGAAAGGAAAAAAGUGAGGAUCUUCGUAUCCUGAGGUGAAAGACAUGAAUGCUCUCCUGGUGCGAGAUGGUUAUUUAUUUAUGAUGUAAAUGUGUUUAUUUUUCCUUUGACCCUUGAUUAGCUUUACUCUUUGGCAAUCUCUGACUUUUGACCUUAUGCUGCUGCAACUACAGUAAGUUCAGAUAGAUUCCUAUGUUUCCCCCGGGGCUCAAGCAACCUUUCUUUUCCUCACCUCCCUCCUUAUAUUUUUUUAAAAAACUGUUGUUAGAAUUAUUUAUGACAUGUAACAAGGAUGAUGCAGGCUGUCCCAUUUGCUAAAAUUAUUAUUAUUAUUAUUGUUAUUAUUAUUAUUAUUAUUAUUAUUACUAUGUUGUUGUGUAAAUAGCAACGCAUCUAAGAACACUGAUGAAUUUAGAUGAGUUUUUAAAAGAAAAUCCUGAUACCUUAGGCUGCUUGAUGCAAAAAUACCUCAGGUUCUACUGAAAGGCUUUUCCUUCCCCUGUUCAUGUUUUUGUGAAAAUGAGACAAAAAUACAGAAAUGACAAAAUACAAA